GUCGUGGGUGGUACUACAAACAAAAGUACGGCGGUGGCGGCGGGCACAAGCGACCACAUCCCAGACACCGACGAGUUCGCUCACGACCGCCGCAGCGACGGUGGCAACCGCAUGGAGGAAGAGUUCGAAACAGAGCCGCAGCGCUACGGCGGCAGCGGCAGCGGCAGCGGCCGAGCGGCCGUGCGUGGCACGCAGGAGCAGCUGAAGCGGACGCUCGUCUCGCUGGACGGUCGAGGCUACGCAGCAUACAAGGACAUCAUAGGCAGCUAUGAUUGUGGCUUUUUCACGCUUCUGGUGGACCACAUUCAGUCGGACCCGUUCGCUCCGCCGUCCCACUUCCGCGCGCAGGUCCCGCACAAGGUGGCCCAGUUCCCGCCGGAGACCUACUCGACCGCCACCAGGGCCGUAGCUCUGGCGGACUUCUUGACCCGAGUGUUCUAUCGCCACGUACACGAGCACCGGCACGAUGUGCGGACGGCGAGCGGCGGAUGGGGAGGAGCCAAGGGCGGCGAACUGCAGAUCGACAAGCCCAGCCAGCACGUCCUCCCUCGUACCUCGGUCAUCGUCACGCCCGCCCACAUCGAAGGUCGUUCGAUCAUGGUGAGUGGCGCCACCAUUGUCACGGAGAACGUACCACGGAUCGUCCGCGGCACG